CAACGGCCCGUCGCAACAGGGUUGAACCACGGAGCUAUAAUUAGUAUAAAACCAUACGAGUACGGUGCACGCGGAAUUAAAGGCUCAAUCUUCACGGUAAAAUUUCACCCUUCGGACUCAAAAUAAGGACAGAACAUGGUAGGGUGCUUUGCCACAAAUUGCCUGCACACUAGUGAGAGCCAUAGUUGCAGGUAUUUUCGCUUUCCCAAUCGAGACAAACCGGAGUAUAAAGCGUGGGUUUUGGUGAGCAGGCGGACAGAUGUGACGUGGCCAACUACCAACAAUAGACUCUGUAGUUGUCAUUUCAAAGAUGGACUCAAAGAAAAUGGACCGUCCCUCUUCAACUUAAAUGAGGCGAAACUACUCAAGCCUGAAAAGGCAAAGAAAAGGAGGAGAACGGAUCAUUCCAAGUCCACACCCUGCCGACACGACGCGAGACGCGUGUCUGGGUCAGCGCACGCCAGUCAUUCCUCACAUACCACAUCGACUAGCAAACAGCAUGGACAUGCUGAGAAUUCCAAAACCCUGCGGAAAUGCCUUGGGUUCCACGGCUGGAAGGACGUGUGCUACAUGGAGCCACUUGUCAAAGAGAUCACCGGAGUUUCCAUGGCUACCUUCUACCUUCUUCUAGAGCAUCUCUCUCUGGAGACUCACCCAGUGCGCGGGAGUGGCUUGUCUGCAGAGAAUAGCCUCUUGGUGUUCCUCAUGAAACUGAAGUUGAAUACUCCGUUCAAGCAUCUUGCCGCUCAGUUCAGUGUUGCUCCUUCCACGUUGGAACAAGUGUUCCUUCUCAUCCUGACAACCAUCUCAGAUUUGACGUCCGACCUGAUCCAGUGGCCCCAGAAGUCGGUCAUCCAGAGCACCAUGCCUUCCUUUAUCAAACGGAGCUUCCCAAACUGCCGUCUCAUCCUAGACUGUCUGGAAAUCGAGACAGAUGCCCCGUCGCAUCUCUUCACCCAACUACGGAUGAUCAGUAGGUCCGACAGCUCCUUCAAGGCAAAGGCAUUGAUUGGCCUGACUCCAAAUGGUUACAUCUGCUUCAUCUCACAACUCUUUGGGGGAAGCAUCUCCUACCCCCAACUGUCCGAAGAGAACUCCUUGAAGAACUUACUUGACUCCGGCGAUGAGGUUCUCUCCUUGAAGCCUGACAGGCACCUCUCUAGCAUCCACGGAAUCAGGGUCCACAACCAACCCAUCUGGCCACAGUUCUCCAAGCACAGCAGCAGAUUCCGGGAUGAUGCGGAUUCCCUGAACCGUCAUUUUGACAAGUUGCAACAGCAGCUGCGGACAUUCAGCAUCCUGAGAUCUAAGGUGUCGCUGAAUCUACUGCAGUAUCUGGACUCUGUGUUGCAAGUGUGCGCAGUGUUAUCAAACCUCGAAGCAAUGCCUUCAGGAGAUGCUUGAAGAAAAGGAAAACUCUCGUUAGUAGAAGCUGAUGUGCCAAAAGCAAUACAAAUCCAAGCUUGAAAGAGCAUACCGACUCUUGCAUCCAGUAAUUUUCGCAGGGGGGGGGGGUGUU